GGCCGCGGUCUCGCACCUCCUGCAGCAGAGGCCAGCGGCGCUGUCGGUUGGCUGUGAACCCACCGAACCGCCCCGCACUUGAGCAUCCCCGCUCCUGCCCGUCGGAGCCCCGGCGCCGGGAUCCUCUCUGCUGGCGUCACCAUGACCAAGGCCGGUAGUAAGGGCGGGAACCUCCGCGACAAGCUGGACGGCAACGAGCUGGACCUGAGCCUCAGCGACCUGAAUGAAGUCCCGGUCAAGGAGCUGGCUGCCCUCCCGAAGGCCACUGUCCUGGAUCUGUCCUGCAAUAAACUGGCCACUCUACCGUCUGAUUUCUGUGGCCUCACACACCUGGUGAAGCUGGACCUGAGUAAGAAUAAACUGCAGCAGUUGCCUGCCGACUUUGGCCGUCUGGUCAACCUCCAGCACCUGGACCUCCUCAACAACAGGCUGGUCACCCUGCCAGUCAGCUUCGCCCAGCUCAAGAACCUGAAGUGGCUGGACCUGAAGGAUAACCCCCUGGACCCUGUCCUGGCCAAAGUGGCAGGCGACUGUUUGGAUGAGAAGCAGUGUAAGCAGUGCGCCAACAAGGUGUUACAGCACAUGAAGGCUGUGCAGGCCGACCAGGAGCGGGAGAGGCAGCGGCGACUGGAAGUGGAACGAGAGGCUGAGAAGAAGCGGGAAGCCAAGCAGCGGGCCAAGGAGGCCCAGGAGCGGGAGCUGCGGAAGCGGGAGAAGGCGGAAGAAAAGGAGCGUCGGAGAAAGGAGUACGAUGCGCUCAAGGCAGCCAAGCGGGAGCAGGAGAAGAAGCCCAAGAAGGAGGCAAACCAGGCCCCGAAAUCCAAGUCCGGCUCUCGGCCCCGCAAGCCGCCACCCCGGAAGCAGACGCGGUCGUGGGCUGUGCUGAAGCUGCUGCUGCUGCUGCUGCUGUGCGUGGCGGGCGGGCUGGUGGUGUGCCGGGUGACGGCGCUGCAGCGGCAGCCGCUCUGCACCAGCGUCAAUGCCCUCUGUGACAACGCGCUCCGGGGGCUGCGUGGCCACGACCUCCUGCGCUGGGUCCUGCAGACCGACUCGCAGCAGCAGUGAGCGGCCCCAGCGCCGCCGUCCCCUCCCCACCCCCGGCCUCGCCCCGUGGAUGCCUAUGGAAUUGGGUUCUGCUGGACACGAGCGCUCUCCGCGGCCCGCCACCUGCGCCGCCGCGGGGCUGCUGACCGGGACUCAGGACCUCUCCGUAGGACUUCUUUGUGCCCCAGUCAGGGUCCCCCCAGCGGAGCCAGGUGACGACGCG